AUGAAGCACCACACUAGGGCGGCACUCGAAAAAGGGCCUGGUCGGUCCUCCAGUGACGCAAUUGAUCUUUCUGACAGUGAGGACAAAAGAGACCUGAGUUCCCCAGAAGUGGAGCGUUUUGUGGAGUCCAUGCUCCGUAUGGAGAAGUCCAAGGGGGAUGAUACAAAGGGCCUGAAAGGCUCGAAGAGAAAGGACUCUGGUAGCAAGCGCAGGAGAAGAAGCAGCUCAAAAAUCAAGAAACCUAAGUUGGGAGACGUGGACGGACCCAAGGAAGCAGAGGACGACUUGUUGGAGACUGAGGCAGAACUCAAGGAAGAGCUCGAGCGGGGACUUGUUCCAGAAGCUGCUGUUGAGUCGUCUUCUGAAGAGGAGAUAACUAUAGUCGAGGAGAAGGAGCUGCUGCCACGGCAAUUGCGCAGAAGGAGAGCGUCACUGGGUCUGAAUAACACGCCCAAGAAGCCAAAGAAGGUUAAGAUCGCAGAAGAUGUUAAAUCCGAGAAACUAUCAGAAAGUUCGAGCUCCUCUGACGAAGAGGAAGCCGAUGUCAAGGAAGAGGACGCACAGGUUGACGAGACGGGUUUUAGCUCUGGCACAGAUCCAGACGUGAGCUAUGAAAGCGAAGACGUCAAGCCCAGAGCUAAUGGCUCAAAGGCCCGCAAGACCCGCCAUUCGUUGAGAAGCAAGGCUCAAGAACAGCUGAAUCCGGACGACCCAAUUGACGUGGAUAAAGAAAUAAGCACUAGUGAAGAGUCCCAGGAUGACAUCAUGGAGGACCCUGCCGUGAUUGAAAUUGCCAGCGACAGCGACAAUGAAGGCGACGAGGAACUCAAACCGGUUCCCCACACAACUUCUGAUGGACCUCGCUCCCAAAUACAGCUUCUCUCGAAUUUCAGCCACGAGCUCUUGUCCCUGCCCACAGACCCCGAUAUUAACACUGACACUGUGAGUAUACAUGAGCUUUUAGGUGCAGAGGAUUUGACGGAAACAGUCCAGUUCAACUUCAACGUUGAUAUAGACUAUUUCUUGACUUUCCUCCACCCCAACUUCCUCAAGAAGCGCAAUAAGAUAACGUUCAUCACUGGCACUCCGUUCCUUUCGUCUCACCCAAAGCAGAAGGAGAUCAAAGAGAAGUACGACAUCAGCGAGAUCAUUGCAAACCUUCCCAACAAAUUUGCUUCUCAUCACACGAAGAUGAUGGUAAACUUUUUUGCUGCUGGUGCUGUCGAGAUUGUGAUUUUGACCGCUAAUAUUACGCAGUUGGAUUUCAACGGUCUCACACAAGCAUGUUGGAGAUCAGGAAAGCUCUAUCCUGGUAAGACGGAGGGAUUGACUGGAAAACGUUUUAGGUUGGAUCUCAUGCGCUACCUAGCGAGAUAUAAACAAGACGUCACCAACGGCCUACUCAAAAAGCUCGAUCAUCUUGAUUACAGUGCGGUCACUGUAGAGCUCGUCGCAUCGGCUCCAGGUACCUUCAAUAUCGAGGAUGUGCCAAAAGGCGAUGUUUAUGGGUUUGGGAAGCUUCGGCAGGUUCUCGAACGAAACGAUCUCCUCCUAGAUUCCGAGGAAGGAACUCACAACAUCUUGGCGCAGGUCACUUCGUUAGCGUAUCCUUUCAAAAGUGCAAAGGGCGAGACCGCAUCGGUGUUCAGUCAUCUUCUCUGCCCUCUUUUCUUUAAAGAAUGGGAGAAAGAUCUUUCGCCUGGUGCUUAUGCUUUUGAAGAACAUCAAGCAAACUUUGACUACCAGCCUCACAUUGUCUUUCCGACUGUUGACGAUAUUAGGCACAGCAACUUUGGCUACAUGACGGGCUCGGCUAUUCACUUCAAAUACCAAGACUCUGCUACUCACAAAGCCCAAUACGAACAAAACAUCAAGCCGUAUUUGCGCAAGUGGAAUCAUAGCGAACGCAAAACUGGCCGUGAAUUGACCCCUCCUCAUGUCAAAUAUUACGCGGUUGACAACGCUGACGGGUGGAAAUCCCUAAAAUGGGUACUCAUCGGAAGCCACAAUCUUUCAAAACAGGCCUGGGGAGCUCCAAAAGCUCGUUCAGGUGGAAAUCUUUACGAUGUGUCGAGUUAUGAACUCAGUAUUUUGAUUCCCGAGAAAGAGAAGCCACUUGUGGCGACUUACAAAAGAGACACGGAUAAAAAUGCUGGAAAGCAGCCUGUGCGUUUUCCUUUCUCGUUACCUCCUACGCCGUAUGGUGCUCAUGACAAGCCAUGGAGUCCAAGUGCGGACUGCGGCAGUAAAAAGGACCGCUGGGGCAACCUUCAUCACGGAGGCUUCUCGUUGUAA